UCUUCCGCUUCGGGACCAACACAGUGUUCUUGAAAAUGCUAUAACUAUGUUUGAUACGUAAACAAGCCCGAUACAUAAACAGAAAUGACCAUCAAUUAAGAAGGCGACAGAACCCACAUGUCAUUCUGUUUCUGACAAAGAUUUUCUUCUUCUAUGUGCAACCAACUAAAGUCUCUCUUCAGUCUCCCCUCCCAUAUCUCCAUCUCUGCAUUUGCCCUCUGUAACUCUUCGUGGCUGUAUAUUUGCUUUGGACGGAUUUCCCUCUUUUGAAAAGCGGAAAUUUGGGUUAUUGAUUUGGUGCUCUGCAUACUUGGGUGUUUAGGGUUUUGAAACCGUACAGCGAGGUGAUAUGAUUUUGACCAAGCAAUACCGUUGCAUACACUCAACAAGCUGUCAAUGCAUGAAAGGGCAACUUAGUGAAGAUGUCAUUUUUUUAGUGUUUCAACAAUUGAACUGGAACCCAAAGUUGAUUGCCACUCUGUCGUGCACGUGCAAAUGGUUUGAUGAUCUUGCCAAGCGGGUAUUGUGGAAAGAGUUCUGUAAGACAAGGGCCCCUAAGAUGAUGCUUGAUUUACAAUCUAGUGGGAGUCACAGUGUUGAUGGGAACUGGAGAGCACUCGGCAAGCUUCUUAUUUACUGUUCUGGGUGUACGAAGGGUGGGCUUUUUAAGGGUGUUCAAAUCCCGGGCCAUUUUGUUUAUAGAACUCGCUUCUCUAGAACAUCUGGGAAGAGCUUUCUUUUGCCACAAUGCAGAACAGAUGUUUUGUAUGUUUCGGACCCUUGUGAACAUCUUGACGUUGGGGAUGAAGGGGAUGUUGGCUUCUUCCGUGGAAUUUUCAAGUCAUUCUCCGUGUCAAAGGUCCGGAAGAUGCUGAUCAAAAGGGGGGCUCACCUUCAUCCAACUGAGGUGUGUCCUUAUUGCAAGGCAAAAUUGUGGAGCAUGCUGCAAGCCAAAAUGAUCCCAGAAAGUGCUAGCUGUAGACUUGGUUCUUAUGAGGAUUGUGUUGAAUAUUAUGUGUGCCUUAAUGGACAUGUGCUAGGGAUUUGUACCCUUUUACCCUUGUCUGACUCAGAGGCGGCAGCAUCUGAGGUUGACUGUUAGUUGGAAUAUAAUCAGUUCUCCUCGAUGAAACAAGCGUGGCUUAAGAGUCUGAGAGACUGGAUUCUUCUGUUUAAUCAAUUUCCUUUCACAGGUAAUGAAGUUGACCAUUACAAUAUCAUGGAGCCGUUAUUGUUUGAUGCUUCCCAGGCCUCCCUUGGCCGAACCUCUUCCCAAGGAAGUGGUUGAAGAUGUGACCAUCUAUUUCAGUCACCCAUAACUUCCUGCGAGCAUGGAGUAAUAAUCUGUACAUGUAUGCAUGGUCAAUAUUUGUAUGUAGAUGACAGCUUGUUGUCUGUAGUAAUCUGUUGAUGCACCUUUGGGGUUCCAAAACCUAUUUUGCCCAUCUAUUGUUCCAAAUGCAUGCUCGACUUGUACAGUUACCUAUCAUGAGCAAUAUCCUUGUGGUCAUGCAUUGAGUUUUGACUCAAUUUACCUUGUCGUCGAAUGUGAAACUUCUAUG